CAGUACAACAGCGCUGAAAUUGUUUUGGUGGAGUGGAUUGGUCCAGAUGCGAAAGUGAUUAUGGUGCAUAGCUAUCUUGGUCUGUGCAUCAAAAGUUCUAGUGACAUCAACAGCUAACGUUUGAACCUGUCGACGGCCACUGCAAUCUAUAUCCCCACCUUCAACAUUCAACAAAAAUGAAGUCGUCCAGAUCGCUCCGUUCUCUGGCCACAAUAUGCAGACAACAAACCGCAGACCCUCUCAGGAUGUUCCAUAACGUACGAACAACUCGUGUUCCUACCAUCCCAACUUCGCGACCCUACUCGUCAUCCACCACAACCUCAACCACUCCACCACCCCCAAAAUCCUCCGUCGACCCUACAGAAGUAGCCCACUUCAAUGCGCUCGCCUCGAGCUGGUGGGACCCCCACGGGCCCUCGCGAAUCCUCCAUCUCAUGAACCCUCUCCGCCACACCUUCAUCUCACGCUGCAUGCACGGCACCCCACGUACAUCGAAACCACCGAGCGCGCUUCCCUCCAAAAAUCUACGAUACCUCGAUGUUGGCUGUGGCGGCGGCAUCUUUGCUGAAUCUGCUGCACGCCUGCCAACGACCGCCUCCGUAACCGCCAUCGAUCCUACACCCUCCGUCCUUGCAAUUGCUGAAUCUCAUAAGCGUCGUGAUCCUACUCUCACGCUGCCGGGUCGCCUCAACUACUUAAACACCUCGAUUGAACAUCUGCCCGUUCCUUCAAAUCCAUCCAAUGAUGCUUACGAUAUUGUAUCCAUAUUCGAGGUUCUGGAACAUGUAUCCGCGCCCGGUCCGUUUUUGGAGAUGGCGAUGAAGCAGGUAAAACCUGGUGGAUGGCUCGUCAUGAGCACGAUUGCGAGAACGUGGACGAGCUGGUUGGUUACGAAUGUCGUUGCUGAGGACGUGUUGGGAAUCGUGCCCAAGGGGACACACGAGUGGUCCAAGUAUGUGAACGAGGAUGAGUUGAGGGCGUGGUUUUUAGAGAGGGGCUGGGGUAGGGUUGGGAACGAGAUGAGGGUGCAGGGCGUCAUGUAUGUGCCUGGUCUUGGGUGGCAGGAGGUAGGUGGGAGUGAAUCGUGGGGAAAUUAUUUCCUCGCGGUUAGGAGGCCAGAUGAUGAGUGA